AUGGCCCAUCAGGCCUACGGGACCCAAUCGGACGCUUUCGCCGCCGAAAACGACGUCCACCGACGCAACCUGGGUACUAAAGAUGGGAAGCGAGAAGGGCACUCGGAAGACGGAGGCGUCGUCGCAGCCGAUGAGCUUCUCGAAGCCAUGGGCUACAAGAGCGAACUCGUGCGCAGCAGGUCAACCUUCCAGGUCGCCUUCAUGUCGUUCGUCAUGGCCUCGGUUCCCUACGGUCUCACCACCACCCUGUACUACCCCGUCGUCAAUGGAGGGCCCGUCGAUAUCAUCUGGGGCUGGGUCCUGGUCUCGCUCAUCAUUCUUUGCGUCGCAGCCUCUCUGGGCGAAAUUACCAGCGUCUAUCCCACCGCCGGAGGUGUUUACUACCAGUCUUUCAUGCUCUCACCACCCCAGUACAGGAAGAUCAUAUCCUGGGUCUGCGGCUGGGCCUUCGUUGUUGGUAAUAUCACCAUCACCCUUGCCGUCAACUUCGGAACAGCUUCGUUCCUCGCCGCCUGCCUCAACGUAUUCGAAUCCGAGCCGGGUGUAGGCAUCUUCCCCGGCGAGGCCUACCAACUCUACCUAAUCUUCUUCGGCAUCACAAUCCUGUGCAACCUUACCUCUGCCCUCGGCAACCGCUGGCUGCCAUUGUUAGAUACAUUUGCCAUCUACUGGACAUUUGCUGGUGUGAUUGCCAUUAUUGUGUGCAUUCUGGCCAUCGCAAAAGAAGGACGUCGCAAUGCUAGCUACGUCUUUGGGGAAUUUGACACAAGCAACAGCGGAUGGCCAGCAGGCUGGUCUUUCUUCGUAGGACUUCUCCACGCUGCCUAUGCGACUUCAUCGACGGGAAUGAUUAUUUCGAUGUGCGAGGAGGUACAAAAGCCGGCAACGCAGGUACCGAAGGCCAUGGUCGGCACCAUCGUCUUUAACACGAUUAUGGGCAUUAUCUUCCUCGUCCCGCUCCUCUUUGUAUUCCCCGACCAAGCGAUGCUCGCUGCACUUGCUUCUGGCCAACCCGUGCCUACUAUCAUCAAAUCCGCCAUUGGCUCUGCCGGUGGUUCUUUCGCCCUCUUCAUCCCCCUUCUCGUGCUUGGCCUCAUCUGCGGCAUCGGAUGCACGACAGCUGCUUCGAGGUGCACAUGGGCCUUUGCUCGUGAUGGUGCUAUCCCCGGAUUCCAAUGGUGGAACAAGGUCAACCCAAAGCUUGAUGUUCCGCUAAAUGCCAUGAUGCUCAGUAUGGUCGUUCAACUCUUGCUUGGGCUCAUCUACUUUGGUUCAACCGCUGCCUUCAACGCUUUCUCCGGAGUCGGUGUAAUCACCUUGACCCUGAGCUACGCUGUACCGGUUGUGGCAUCGGUCGCGAACGGACGCAAGCAGGUCAAGGAAGGCAGCUUCCACCUCGGUGCCCUAGGAACUUUCUGUAACUGGGUCUCUAUCCUUUGGUCCCUCUUGGUCAUCCCAUUAUUCUGCAUGCCCACCUUCCUUCCCAUUACUCUCACGACCAUGAAUUACGCCAGCGUCGUCUUCGCAGGUUUCAUCGCUAUCUCCACUGCGUGGUACUUCGUGUGGGGAAAGAAGAACUACCAGGGACCACCUACGCAAGCCGAGACCGUUUUGGAAGCUCGGAGAGCGAGCGUCAUCAGUCAUACUGAGAACAAAUUAUAA